UUCGCCAAAGCAGGAGACGAAAUAUCAGCCGUGAGAUAAAAAAUAACAUUUUCGUUUGAUAUUGUUUUUUUUUAAUCAAAUCUCUGGAGUGAUAUUCGAACAACAAUCUUGGAGGAGAAAACAAUUCAACAACGUGACAAUUAAAGCUCCAAUUGCACGACAGACAGAGGAGUUAAUUUUUUGUGGUCGAAGGAAUUCGCGAGUUUUUUUUUGGAUCAACUCCAAGUUUUCGUCGGUCCUGAUUAACAUCUAAAUCAACGUUCAACAUUUGUGAAGAUUCAAGGGCAGUGAGGCUCCGGCGUGUGUCAGUCACUCUCUUUUUGUUGAACUUGGAAGCGUCUCGAGGAGGCUGUUUAUCCUUUGGAGUAUAAUUCUUGUCGAGGAAACACGAUUGAGGACAUUAUGAUGGCUGUCGCAGCGGCACAGAAGAAUCGCGAGAUGUUCGCUAUCAAAAAAUCGUACAGCAUCGAGAACGGCUAUCCGGCACGUCGCAGGUCCCUUGUGGACGAUGCACGCUUCGAGACGCUUGUGGUGAAGCAAACGAAGGCGAGCGUGCUUGAGGAAGCCCGUCAUAGAGCCAAUGACUCAAGCACUGAUCCAACUUGCGCUCAAGAGACUCAGAAUCAUGAGGAGCCAUACGUGUCAUCCAGCGAUGACGAACAGGGAGAUUCACUCAGAUUCGUCGCCAAAGAAGGAGAAGCCAAAGCUGAAGCUUCAUCCUCCGACGGCGAGGGAAAACCCAACAUUGACGAUGAUUAUGGACUCACCGAGGAGGAAGUGGUGCUCGCCAAGACAAUUUCCGAGAGCCCGGAGGGUGAAUCAACAGUUCAAAAAGCAGCCCUUAUGCUGCGUUUGCGCGACGGAAUUGGUUCUCUCGCGCGUAUAUUGAAAACUGUUGAAAAUUUCAAGGGCACUGUGACACAUCUUGAAUCACGACCAUCACGCAAAGAGGGCACGCAAUUCGAUGUACUUAUUAAAGUUGACAUGACACGUCAGUGUCUCCUUCAAUUGAUCAGAAAUUUGAGACAGAGCUCGGCGCUUGGUGACGUUUCUUUGCUAGCUGACAAUUCUGUCAGUAUCAAGGACCCGUGGUUUCCGCGUCAUGCGUCUGAACUUGACAACUGCAAUCAUCUAAUGACAAAGUACGAGCCUGAUCUUGACAUGAAUCAUCCUGGUUUUGCUGACAAGGAGUAUCGUGCACGCAGAAAGGUCAUCGCUGAAAUUGCAUUUGCGUAUAAAUACGGUGAUCCAAUUCCCUGCAUUCCAUACACUGAGACCGAGAACGAGACUUGGUUGCGUGUUUUCAAUACUGUUGUCGAUCUUGUGCCAAAGCACGCUUGCAUCGAGUACCAGAGAGUCUUCAAGAAGCUGCGCGAGGAGAAGAUCUUCGAAGCCCACCGCAUUCCUCAGCUCCAGGAGGUCAGUGAGUUCUUGAAGAGAAACACUGGAUUCACCCUUCGUCCAGCUGCUGGUCUGCUGACGGCCAGGGACUUCCUCUCGAGCUUGGCAUUCAGAAUAUUCCAAAGCACCCAGUAUGUCAGACACAUCAACAGCCCUUACCACACACCAGAGCCUGAUUGCAUUCACGAACUUCUGGGACAUAUGCCACUGCUUGCCGAUCCCAGCUUCGCUCAGUUCUCCCAGGAGAUCGGUCUAGCCUCCCUCGGCGCAUCAGACGAGGAGAUUGAAAAGCUCUCGACCAUCUACUGGUUCACCGUUGAAUUUGGUCUCUGCAAGGAGGGCACAGAAGUCAAGGCCUACGGAGCCGGUCUCCUCUCAGCCUACGGUGAACUCCUUCACUCUCUGAGCGACAAAUGCGAGCACCGAUCCUUCGAUCCAUGCACCACUGCAAUUCAACCGUACCAAGACCAAGACUACCAGCCCAUCUACUACGUCGCUGAGAGUUUCGAGGAUGCUAAGGACAAAUUCCGUCGUUGGGUGUCAACAAUGAGCAGACCCUUCGAGGUCAGGUACAACCCACACACCCAGAGAGUCGAGGUUCUCGACACAGUGGAGAGGCUCGAGGGUCUUGUGUCCCAGCUCAAUCUCGAGAUGACGCACCUGACGAAUGCCAUGAACAAGAUCAAGGCACGAGCGUAAAUUAAUCGCUCUAAUCCAAAUAACUUUUACCCCUCCGACAUGUGAUCCACACUGUUAUUUAAGGAUUCACAUUAUCUUCUCCGUCGUGUUUAUCAGCGUCAUCAUCAUCAUCAUUCGUCGUUGUCAUUUUACCCUGUAUAAAGUCGUCAUUCAUGAUUCUCAGUCUCAAUUAUUGUCUCCAUCAUCACCAUCACUAGUUUUGCAUUCGUCCAAACCACAGGACUACGCAAUCCGAUUUUAUGGAUUGAGUGUGAGAUUUAUCGCUGAGUCAUAAGUUUUUUUUUUUGGCGAAGUGAAGACUCGGCGUUGUAUCUUGCUCGUCACUCCCCGAAAGCAAACCUUUCCUUUUUGUCUCCAAACGGAAUGGAAAGAGAAUCGAGAGUCCGGUUUGGAUGAACUGCUAGGCAACAGUGUGAUGCGUGACUCUUGGACGAUCAAACGAGGCGGACUAUUAUUAUUAUUGUAUUAUUAUUUUAUUCGUCUAAUCCCUCUCUCUCAUUAAAAAAAUACGGAAGAGGCAGCUUGAAGUUCCCUUCGGCCGUCAUCUCCGAUUCUAACGUUAUGUGUGAUCCCCUAGAUUGCUAAUUGGCCCGCUGUAACGAACUAACUCUUAAAUUAAACAUUCAACGCGGGUUUUAUGAUAUUAUUAUUAUUAUUUCGAUGAUAUGUUUAAGACAGCGUUUUACGUUCUAUUACAAGUAGAUCUCUCAAUCGCGUCGGUAUGAAUGUGUUUUAGGAUUCAACGAUUUGGUUCCGGUUUUUAUAUUUGUUGGCGUUUACACGUGAAACGAUGGAAAGUAUUCUAAUUUAAUUGAUUAUGUAUUUUUUUUAAAAGAGGGAAACGCCGGGUAAUUCAUUUUCUGAGUAUUUUAUGGACAGAAAAUGUCGAUGAGACGGAAAAAUAAGUGUUUUAAUGCCUUUAGAAUUGCACCUCCUGUCUGUGCACCAAAACCCUUUAAAAAUGUUGAAAGAAUUAACUGUGUAUUCACCCGCGUUUCAGGACGCAUUGCACAAUGCAAUUACUUAAUCCUUUUAGAUCGUUGUAUCCCAUGAAUAUUUUUUGUUUGUAUUAUAUUGUAAAGUACACGAAUAAAAUGAUAUAUGCUGAA